GAAUCAAGUUUUAGGCAUUGUGGCGCCAAAUCUGACAUCUUGAUCUUUUACUCCAAGUCGAAGGUAGCCUUACUUUAGUUUUACCCCCGUCUUACUGAUUUUGUUUAUGCCGCAUAAUGGAAGCCAGACCAAAGCCGAAAGGAUUGUCCAUGCGUCCAGUAAAUGUCGACACAAAAGGACAACUCAGUUCUCUAAUGGGAAAACUGAAGAUUGAGCCCAAAAAGAAAACAAUGCCCACAGUGGUUUGUCAUGCACUAAUGCGAUGUCCAGAAUCGAGUGCAUCCAUUAGUGACAAGGUCCCCAAGAAGCCUGUCCCUCCCCAGACAGCAUCUGUCAUAGAGCUGCCCCCGGAACUUCCACUGAAAACAAAAAGAUCACAAUCAUUUUGCAUACCAAACUUUGACUUGAACCACGAGGAGAAACAGAGGGAGAUCCAGGAGAUAGAAGAGGAGCUGGCCAGGGAUCUGUUUAAAACUCCAACUUAUGCCAGGGACAUAUACACCUAUCUACAGUUGGUUGAGAAGAGAUGGCAGAUUCCUGAGGAUUUCCUUGACACUGGAGAAAUAAAGGUCAAGACCAGGGCUGUUCUGAUGGACUGGUUCAUUCAGGUCCAGGUAUACUUGGAGCUGUUAGACACCACCCUACACAUGGCGGCGGUGUUUGUGGACCGCUUCCUCAGCCUCCAGAGGAUCACCCCCAGCUCCCUACAGCUGCUGGGCAUCACCUGUAUCCUGAUCGCUGCCAAGUACUACGAGAGGUUCCCCCCACAGGUGUCUGACUUAGUUUACCUGACUGACAACACCUACAAAGUGGAACAGGUGUUUACUAUGGAGAGAAUAGUGCUGAGGAAAUUUGGAUUUGACCUCAAUACUACUGACCCAGUGUCAACUAUGGAACACUUCUUACAGAUUGCAGGAGCAGACAGAAUGACCAAGGAGAUGGCCAAGUACAUCCUGGAUCUGACCAUCCCCUGCCACACCUUUGCCAGCGUCUUACCCACGGUGCUUGCGGCCUCCAGUGUGUACACAGCGCAGAGGCUCUGUGGGGCAGAGCCGGCCUGGACCGCAGGGCUUGAACACUUCUCUGGGUACACAGAAAAAGAUCUGAUUGGUUGUGCUAAGCAAAUGUUGAGGGUGCUGGAUAAAGCUCCUGAGGCUAAGCUCCAGGGAGCGAGGAAGAAGCAUGCAGCCAGCACCUUCACAAGAAUCAGCCACCACAAAUUGUUGGAAACAAAACCAGCAGAGAUUCUCCUAGAAAUGGGAGAGAAGGAAGUUGAAAAGUAACCAAGACAACUGAGAAGGACAAGUUUGUUUAAGCUGCACCAUCCUUGAAUUGACCAAUCAACUAACUAAGCUGAUAAAAACAUAUUCUAGUCUUUUAUUUAUUAGUUGUUGUCACAAGUAUUACUGUUUGUAUUAUUAAAAAAUGUAGAAAUCAAAACAGCACCAAACCUUAAACUAUUUGCAGGUGCUCAUAUGGAGGAAGUUUUCUACUGGAAAAUACUAGUAGUCAAUAGUUACUAUGCUGUUUGCUGUGAUCAAUAUGUAUCGCAUGCUUUUCUGGUAUCUAAAAACAAGCAGGUUGAUCCCACUGCAAAUUGUUUAAAUACUUACCAUUUACUGUUAAGAGCAUGAUCUGCUUUCAAAUCUUUUGCUCCCAUACAAAUGUACUUGAUUUUUCUAAUGCAGUGAGUAUUAGUGAUAGGCAGAAGGAAGAAAAAUUGUUCAUAUGUUACGUACUGCAUUUAUUAGUAUGCAAAAUGAGUGUGUAUUAGCUCUCUAUUCCUGAGGUUGUUUCAUUGUUCGGACUGUGAUAUAUGUAAUUAAACAUUGUGUGUUAUGCAAUAUGCCAUUUCUUUACAUAAAACUGAAAGUUUCAAUAUACAAAAUUACAAAUAUGAUACUGUUGUGGAAUAAGUAGUUAUGAACAUUUUUGCAGUAAGGUGCUUUUGCUUCUGAACACAGUAUUAACAAAUGGUGCUUCAUAUAUGUUGUUGGUAUUCACACAUGAUCACAAGUAAAUGUUUGCCUAUAUACAGAGUGUUAGCAAAUAGUGCUUAAAUGUACAUUUAUUUGUUGAUAUUUAGACGUGAUCACCAGUAAAUGUUUGCCAAUAUAUACAGUAUUAUCAUAGUGCUCAACUUUACAUUCAUUUGUUGGUAUUUAGACACUAUCAUAAGGAAUUGCUUUAUUUAUAAAUGUAUAGUGAUAUAUAACUAUUGCUCUGUGCUUUUUUCAUCAGAAUCUCAAGAACUAACAUUGCUUUACUUGAAGACUUGAUGUCUGUGAUACUUUU